AUGUCACUAAAGUAUGAAAAUUUCCAAGACUUGGAGAGCGAGGAGAGAAGAGAUCGCUUUAGGAAUGGGCUGCCUCCUCCCCAGUCUUUCCUGCAGCGUCUCUGCUCCGGCCCCCGCCUAGUCCUGCUCAGCUUGGGCCUCAGUCUUCUUCUAUUGGUUGCCAGCAGUGUUAUUGGAUUCAAAAAUUCCAAGUUCCAAAGGGACCUGGCAAGCCUGAGAACAUCAUUCAGCAAUUUCACAUCAAACACAGAGGCUGAGUUCCAGGCCCUGAGAUCGCAGGGUCACAGUGUACAAAAAACCAUAGAAUCCCUGAAAACUGAGGUGGAGAAUCACAGUCAGGAGUUGCAAGCAGCUCGUAGUUUGAAUGACAAGGUUCUUGCUCUGGAAAACACGCUGGAUAAACAGCAGCAGCAGCUCAAAGCAGAUUAUUCGGAAAUGCUCUCAUUUGUCCAGAAGUUGGCCAGAGACCUGAACUCUCUGAACUGCAAGAUAGCUUCUCUCAAGAACAAUGGCUCUCAAACUUCCUGUUGUCCCACUAAUUGGCUGGAGAAUGAAGGCAGCUGCUACUGGUUCUCUAGCUCUGGGAAGUCCUGGCAUGAGGCUGACAAAUACUGUCAACUGGAGAACGCCCAUCUGGUCGUCAUCAAUUCCAGGGAGGAGCAGAAUUUUGUACAGAAACAUAUAGGUUCCUCAUAUACUUGGAUGGGCCUCAGUGAUCCUGACGGUAUCUGGAAAUGGGCAGACGGGACAGACUAUGAAACCAACUUCAAGAACUGGAGGCCAGGACAGCCAGAUGACUGGCAUGGACACGGGCUGGGUGGAGGUGAGGACUGUGCCCACUUCCAUCCCGAUGGCAGGUGGAAUGAUGAUGUCUGCCAGAGGAUCUACCGAUGGGUCUGUGAAAUUGACCUGAGUCCACCCAGCUAA